UAAACGCUGCUGCCCCAGAAAUCUGACGGUGCCCCUUCGAGUCAAAGGAUGGCUGCGUUUGGGAUUUUUCAAAAGACUUCUUCCAAAACAUCCUUUAAGUGGCCUCUUUAUCCUUUAAGGCGUCACACGUUUCCAAUGGCCUGCUACGGAGCAGGCCUCACUGUUUAUCGCAUAGACAGUCAAACCAAUAUAUUUUAUAUAUUCUUUGGUUUAAUAUCUAUUGCCAGUGAUUGAAUUUAUUCUGAGUGCAAAAGCAAUUACGUUUACAACUGUGCGUUUUGAGAAGAGACCAAACCCUACACUGAGAGCUCACUUUAAUCGUGGGGUGCUGCUUCUAACCUCAGGCGCCUGGCCGUCCACAACUUGCCACAUGGUCGCGGUGCCCUCGCUCAUCUGCUUUCUCAACUCGGUGCUCAGCUGGAGUCAAAGACCUGCGAGAGCCAAAAUGAUUUUCAAGUUGUGUGUUCUGUGCUGUCUGUGGCUGGCCGCUGUGAAUGGGCAAGACAGUGGUAACAACAAGAGUGAGACAUCAACUGCAGGAAGAACCAGCACAACCAUACAGAAUAGCAACGCAUUGUCAAUCAAAGGUGAUUUCGAGCGCUUGUUUGCAAAGGCGAACUUGAUUCCCCUGCUGCUGUUCGGGUUAUCGGUCACUCUGGUCACCCUGCUGGUGUUCGUCUGCGUGCAGAGGUCGUGCAGGUGCCUCGCAGCUCGCAGGCGCAGGGGCAGCGGCGUAUUGGAGGUGCAGAUGGUGGACAUCAGAGAAGCGGGAAACCUUACGGCAGAGACGGGCAGCGCCCACGGCAUCGAGAAGGAAAAUCCUCCACCCUGCGGUGCCAAUGGAAGAACGAUCCUCCCCGCGACGGGGCGCACGGCCGAAGGGGCGGGCGAGGCGGGGGCGGAGGGUGGCGGCGGGAUCUACGAGCUGGUGGACGAGGUGCAGGAGCACGCCAGCGGUGCACCGAAAGCCGCGACCCCCGCUGCCGCGGACGACGAGUUGACCAUGGUGGACAAUGAGCUGUACCGGAGCGUGGGGGAGGCGCAUCAAAGGGGCGCCGUUGUGGAGGCGGCGGGCGCCGGUGCGAAGGAGCCGGUGCCCGCGUGUGCAACUGUUGCUUCCGCUUGACUCCGGGUGACCUCGUACCAUGACCGUUGCGAAUCCUUGUUAAGGCGCUCCUGUUCACAGUCGGCGCCUUCAUUGCACCUGCUCCUCUGUGACCAACCCAGGGCGAUGUGCCGAGCCAACAUCUCUCAUUCAACAACAGGUGGCUCACGUCCCGACUGUUGCGGGAGUCACGAGUGUAAGGGUUAGGGUUGCACUGAAUAUUUGAUUGGCUCUGCGAUUGUGGAAUGCACGAAACAAAGGUGAGGAAGUUAGUGAUGCUGUGGUUUCUUUCACCCAGCCAGUGACCCAGACCACAAGCUGCGAGCCGUCACUGCUGCUGUGUCUUAGUUGAUUGUUCCAGCACUCACCAAACCCGGCUCCCAGCGACAUCACCAUUUUUCCAUCGUGAAAUGAUCACUUGCAGAGAGAGAAGGUAUCUUGCUUUUAUUUCAAGUAUUUUUUGGUCUAUUUCCAGGUUAUUUUACCUAGUUCCCAGUAAGUACAUUUAUAUAUGCGCAACUCUUAGACCCUAUGUCAUCACGAAUGCACUUUCAGCAAUAUAUUUUCACGCAACGUAUGACAAACCCUAAAAAUGGCCAGUUUACACGUAGUGAGUCCAACUGAGUCACAGACGUUGUUCUUUAGAGGCAACACAUUUAUUGUAACAUCAACACGUUAACACGAAGGGGUAACUGCCCCUUCACCAGAUACAGCCUAGGGUGGUGACCACCCAGCUAACUACACUAUACGUAGGAGUUACAGCUACGAAGGGUCGGGCCCUCACUCGAAUCCCCGACCACGUAUUGAUGCCUCGCAGGACGUAGAGCUUCCAGCUUGUAGACGUAGGGCUUCCAGCUGUCGAACGAAGAACCCCGGUCCCUUUCAGGGACCCACCUUAUAUCCUCCCGGGUCGGGGCCGCUCUGCCAUUGGCCCUGCCCACUUUCUCGAGCGUUCUAGCUCCCCCUCGAUCCCUCUUGGGCCCUCUCCCCGGACACGUGAUCACCCCCUAUUCCCCCCACCUGGGGCCCUCUCUAUGGACACUCCGGUUCACGUGUCUAUGGGGUCAACCAGAGUGCCAUGGCCCGGGGCUUCGUAGUCAAGCACAUAUUUUAAUUCUCAGGGCUAAAAUUCAACCAAAUUGAGUGGGGGGGAAAAGUUUAGCACGAUGCGUUUUGUGCAUGAAGUCACUGGCGACCAAGCGAGACCGUCAACGCGGUGCUCUUUAAACUUGAGUGUUAUCGCAGGUGGCUGAACCGCAGAUUAAAAUGCUCUUCAGCUGUCCUACUGGCUGAGUACUCUGUACUCUAGUCACCUUCUUUGCUGCCAAUUACUACAUUGUGGAGCAAGAUGUAACAUUAUUCACGGACAGAUACGAAUCAUAUGCAUUUUUUGUAAAUAUAUAUUUUUUCGAUUGAUACCAAUGCCUGCUUGUCUGAGCAAUAUCACGGAAUGUUUCAUGACCACUUUAACACACCUGUAUUUAGAAUUGUGACCACAAGUUAAUUGUAAAUAGCUCUAUUAGGUUAUUAAAAUGCUUAAAUGUGGAACUUCUAUGCCCAUGGUUACACUUGCUAUGUCAUUGUUCAGUUUGAAAAACAAUUGCCAGGAAUUUAGGAAAUAAGCCGCCUUAUAAAUAUGAACUGAGGGCGACAUGAAAGUGUUUAGCCUCGUUGUGGAGAAGAAAGUCAAGAUAAUAAGCAGUCGAUACUUCCUUCACAUAUCAUUAAAAACUUUUUUUGCAAAUUCCAUUGGUCACAUGGCCUGGGAGUUUGGAUAUUUGUGAAAAAGAGCUUCAUAGCUCAUCGGAUUUCUCCAGGAUAAAUAAAGAUUCCGAUUACGUUUUUUUUUAUUGUUGCAGCAUUGGUGGAAUACAAACUCUGAACCAAACCUGGCUCUGCCGAUGAGAAACUGAAGGUCAAAACCGGUCCAGAGUUUUCCUGCAUUGAAAGCAAUCCUGCUGAAUAGAUACAGAGGUGUUGGGGUGGCCAUCAAAGGUUUUUUGAGAUGAGAUGGCUCCCUUUCAGAAUGGCUUCAAUUUAUAUGCAGCCUAUCAGAGUGCGUUUGUAACAGCAGUUCAGUCUGUAUGCUUUUUCUUUUUUUAUAAAUUGUUACUGACAAUGUGAUGGUAGAGGCGAAUGUGCUUUGAACAAUAUGAAUUGUAUGCUUCAAGGAGCUCAUUCACGUGGGACCUCAGCUUUUGUAAACACCUGAUGCCGCUGGAUGUAUUAUCCAGCAAAACUUUGUAUACAAUUGUCAACAUUUUGCUUGCUUUCAAAUAUUCCUCUGUUUUGCUGAUAAACCAAUCCACUGCCACAUUUGCCCCUACGUGGCAAGUCGAUUCGAUCGACUCUCGGGUGACAGAGGGCAUGGAUGGAAAUUGCAUUAUACCUACACAAUCUAACCCUGUAGGAACUGAUUAUGAUUAAUGCUUCAUAUGAUGACACAUAUGCAGCCUCACUUUACAGUAUUGUGUGCAACUGCUCUAAAAAGCAGUAUUUAAUAAAAACAUUAUUUUCUA